UUGUUAUUUAAAUUUUGGGUUAUAAAGGUAUUGACGAAAAGCGCAAAAAUCCUGGGCGAAAAGAAGACAGAAAUAGAGAGUGAACGAAAGAAAAGUACAGUAAAGGAGCCGGUCGGUCCUGAUGCUGCUACAAAAAGUAGUCAGGAUGCGAAACAAGAGCAGUCUCUGCAAGAGGUGCAGAAGAUGAAGGGAAAGAUGCCGUUCAACUCUUCUGUGUUCAGCAUUAGGAAGAACAGAUCAUUACCCGACCUUCAGUCCUUAGCAGCGCACGCAACUGGAUACCAUUCGGAUGGUGAGGCCAAACCACCUAGCACGUCUUUGGAUGAUUUGGAUACACCCAAGGCUCCCGUACAACGACGGAAGAAGAGCCGAGUCUCCUUUCAACCCAUUAGCAUCAAAGUGGAUACCGAGUCCGAUUCUGAAGGGUCUUCGUCAAUGUCAUCUAGCCCUACCCAUUCGAUACUGGAUGCUCACGAUGUGGAUCACAUCGCCGAUGGAGCACUUUCCGAUUCUGAAGUGGAUAGGCAUAGAAAUACGAUUGACCCGCAUGCCAACGAUGUGACGGACUGGAAAUGGGGUCAGAUUCCCGAAACACGAGAGAAUAAAUUGAAGCAAGAACAAGCUAAAGCUGCUGAGAAACCAAAAGGAGAAUCAUCUGGAUGGACAUGGUUCCCAUGGGGUCAUCGUUCAUCACCCGCCCCUGCUGCUCAACCAGCCGAAGAAGGCAUUUCGUUAGAUGAGCUUUUUAGCCCCGAUGCUGCCUCGGAUCCGUCCAAAAUCCAGAAGUAUCUUGGAAAAACGAAUAGCACUGCGGUUAGUAUUGACAGUGGACAUGCAUCACGUGGCCCAUCGCAACCUUCAAGUCCCUCAGUUGGAAUGGAAGAGCCGAAUUUGGCGGAUAAGACUCCUACCCAAGAAACCGCCAUCGCGACCGCUAUCGAGCAUGAAAAUGAGCGAACACGGAAUGUUAGUGAUGGAAGGAGUGCGGUUAGCAGCGAAGAUAUAUUCCCAUUAAGCGAGGAUGAGAUUGAAGAUGUCAAGGAGAAAGACGCAGAAUUGCGGCCUGCAUAUAUGCUUUCUCUUCGAUUGUCUUCUGAGAAGUUAAAAGCUCUUGGCUUAGUUUAUGGUGCCAAUGAAUGCAGGUUCAGCAUUACUACGAAGUUCCAGGUUUGUGGACUUUACUAUCUUGUUAGUUUAUUAUUUUUACGGAUCAUUUUAGGGAACCUCAUGGUGUAG